GGUGAGGCUGCAAGCAAAGCCAUCUGAAGUCACUUCUCAACUUAGGCCUCCCAAGAUGGAAGAGGAACACAUGCUGAGGAGGGAAUUAGAGAGCAUCCACGGGAUUCCCCUCUACUGGUGCUUUGUGGAGAAUUGGGGCCAGGUGGAGGCCUUCCAAGCCAGGCCAGACGACCUUCUCAUUUCCACCUACCCCAAAUCAGGCACAACCUGGAUCAGCGAGAUUGUGGACAUGAUCUACAAUGAUGGGGAUGUGGAGAAGUGUAAGCGGGAUGCCAUUUUCAAUCGAGUCCCUUUCAUGGAAAUGAGUGCCCCUAAAUUUGUAAGUGGCACAGAGCAGCUGGAUAAGAUGCCAUCCCCUCGGUUAGUGAAGACCCAUGUCCCGGUUCAGCUCCUCCCCAUCUCCUUUUGGGAAAAGAAUUGCAAGAUGAUCUAUGUUGCCCGAAAUGCCAAGGAUGUGGCUGUCUCUUAUUACUACUUCUACCAGAUGGCAAAGCUGCACCCUGAUCCCGGCCCCUGGAAUGAGUUCCUGGAGAAAUUCAUGACUGGGAAUGUGGCUUAUGGAUCCUGGUAUGAUCAUGUGAAAGGCUGGUGGGAGAAAGCAAAGGACCACCAUAUCCUGUUCCUGUACUAUGAAGACAUGAAAGAGGACCCGAAGCGGGAGGUACAGAAGGUAAUUCAAUUCCUGGGAAAGGACCUGAAGGAGGAGGUGGUGAAUAAAAUCCUCCAUCACACCUCAUUCCAGGAGAUGAAGAAGAACCCCUCUGUCAACUACGAAACAAUGCCCAACUGGGCUCUGGACCACAGUAUAUCUCCAUUCAUGAGGAAAGGGAUUUCAGGGGACUGGAAGAAUCAUUUCACGGUGGCCCAGAACGAGAGAUUCAACAGGCACUAUGAAGAGCAGGUGAAGGGCUCAGCACUCAGAUUCCGGAUGGAGAUAUGAAGUCUCCCUGCCCCGGGCUGGGAGGCAGGGAUAUGAGGUGAACAGGGAGCCUGGAGGAAGUGUGCAUUGUCUUAACUGCUAGGAGCCUCCCUUUUUCUACCUCUGCAGUGCAAAUGGAGUCUGAACUCUGCCCCCUGGGUUGAAGGUUGUGAGACGUAUUGAAGGUUGUACUCUAAUUUGCGAGAGAGAAAUGUUACUGCUAUUGAAUGCAUCCUAACCAUGCAUGGUGGGGUAUUUCCUGAGGAUUUCUCAAAGGAAAAAUCAAAUGAUAUAGGGAUAGGGGUAGCACUGAUGCAUUUCCUUCUUGUGAAAGCAAGGUGGGGUGAGGGAAUCCUUUCCUUUGCCGUUCUGUUGCUGACCUGGAAAGGCAGCCAAAUGAAGAGUCACAGCAGCUGGGAUGUACUGAGCCAGUCCGUCCAGCUCUGAUUGAUUUAUUGUGGGCCAGAGUUCAAGUAGGCUGGCAAUAAACAGGAGAGUGUAAAGGUUUAAUCAAUUUUCAAAUAAAAUUCUGUCUGUGUUUAAUUU